AUGGCGAUAUGUGAGGAUUUAGACAAGAAAAUGGAGGACUUUGAUUAUGCUAUGUCGAAAAUCUAUAGGGGUUUAUAUACAUCGGGUGAUACACAGCCUCUCCCGAAGUGUUGGAACCUCAAAGAUCGCUCCAGAUACCUUAAAGUGACGCAUCCAGCUCUGGUUGUUGCUUACAGGUCUAAUUAUUCUAGUGAUGAAAUGGCAUCUGUGCGAUCUGAUUCUCCAAUUCCACUUAAUACUGGAAUAUACUAUUUCGAGGUCACAUUGUUAAACAAGGGAGUCACUGGGUAUGCCGUUCUCAUAACUCAUUAA